GCUUUCUAAUCUUGCAUCGACCAUGGUUGGGCAUGCCGAUCUGCCCGAUCCAUCCCACCUGUCCACUCGCGUGUCUAAAGAAGCUGCAUACCUACGUACCUACCUAUGUACCAGUCCAGACCGGCCCGAGAAACAUGCUGGUUGGUUAACCGCAACAUCUUCACCGGUGGAGUACUUAAUCUAGCCCUGUAAUCUGAUGAAGAAUCUACCUAUGAUAUGCGAAAACGAUAGCCCCCAACUGCCUAGCUGCCCGUUACCACCAGCCACUCUACUCAUACCAGUCAUACCUAAGCUUUUCUACUCGUCAGAACGAUCAGAACGAAUCUUAGUACGACACGACGGGACUAUCAGAACCCUCCCGAGAUCUCGGGAAGUGGGCCCUAAAAAGCAAUGCCGUUGAGCUUUAUAUACUUGGGCUGAAAAGCCAAAACCGCCACGCUAAUAACAUGAGGGAUUCUGACAUCCAACAUCUUAGAUCAGGCUCAGGAGAUGGACAAAUGAGCAUCCCCCAGCCUUUUAAAAUCAUCCUGCAAUCUGUCAGGAAUGUCAGUUGACUCCAACGGGUAGCCAGGUUCCCGGUGCAACGAUCGAUACGCCCCAUCACAUAUCACAUUAUAAGCAACCAAUCCUUGUCUUAUUACUACAGAAGGGGUAAUUCACGCCUUCGAUGCUGUUGAUCGUAUCUUCUAUAUCUCCACCGGAUCAACCUAUAUCGCUUCGUAAACGAGCUAGCGCAGUCCAUACCGAGAUGUUUCCGAUGGGUGCAGGUCGUCAGAUCCCGGUAUUUUUGCUUUUUCCAUAUAUGCCUCGUGUCAUCGAUUUUGGAGCUCCCCUCCCCACACCUAACCAGCUAUACCACGGACAAUAUUCCGGUGCGAGUCGACUGGGGAGGUUAUAUAUUGAUGGGGUCUGUCAUCUGCGGUCUAGCAGUAGUUUAAUCAGAUUUGAUUGACAAGGGAGCAGAUGAAAGUGACAAGGCUCCCCGGAUAUUUCCCCCCGUAGGCCGCGUCGACCAAGACACCGCUAGUAUCUGCAGCAAGCACUGACGGAGACACGAACUGGUACUAACCCCGAAGGACCCCCCUUCUUCUACAGACUCCCUGCCGCUGGCAAAUAAGCAUCCAAGAUACAGAAACUGCACACCUAGAAACGUAGAGAGUUGGAUAGGAGACGUAUGUCAGAUGAUGCGAUGGCGCUGCGGGUUGCAGCCAUAAACGGUUCGUUACAGGUCUCAAGAUUUCCUUUCACCACUGCCUGACCGGGGUUAGGCAUCUAAGAUCCUAGUCGCAACAGCCUUAGGAAUCACGCAUCAUAGGAUUUGGCGUCCAUAUCUGCCGUAUCUCGAUAUUACGAUACUCGAUGUACAUGGGAGAAGCUGCAGCUGUAGUCUAUGGCCCUGCAACUGUGUGUCUCAGCCGAGCUGAGCGUGAAUAGGGUACUUCCCUUGUCCUGACCAAUCUUGCCCAACCAUUCGAGCAUUGUGCGGCCUCUCCCGUCGAGAGGAGAACGCAUGGGGGCCAUCGGGAUGCUAAUUCCUUCAAGAUUUACUCAUUUCCGAUACCUGGGAAAGCUUGCUGCGUAUAUAUGUAGCCGUAUUCCAUAUCUGAAUCUCGUGAACGUAUGCUUUUCAUACCAUGUCGUCUGUUGUAAGACUAGUUUCUGUUUGAUAGGGUACUUCUGGCGAGAAGUGCAUAACCAUAUUAGCAGCGCCCUGCUUCGCAAGUCCUUUCACUAUCGAGAUGGCCAUCCAAAGUGAGCCCGAGAGGGCUCAAUGUUCCUCGGCGGUGUAUGGUAAAACCAGGAGUGAACAGUAUAGUCGACGGCAAUGGCUUCAAGUCAUAUCAAACCAAAUCCCUAGAGCAACUCAGGAUUUGCAGGAACAACCACUGGUGUCAGCACCGAUGCGCCCGCCACAUAUGGAUCACGAGAGCUGCGUCCAAUUGUUCGCGAGUCGAUUAUCUAAGAGAAUCGUACAACGAUAUCUCGACGUUAUCUCUGUGCCGCUACCGCUACCGAGGAACGGAGCACGCCUCGAACUCCUUCCACAGAACGUAAUCGAUCGAAUUUGUAGUUAUAUUCCCUACGAGAACCUCCUCUGGCUCUACCAACAAUCCCGAGGAGUCCACCGAAUCGUCGACCCGCACCUCGCACCCUACGAGACGAAAGCGUCCUUCGUGCUACGAGCCGAGCGAGACUUCUUCCAGCACUACAGCGCGAAACCGCCGAACUUAGGCUGCUAUCACUGCGCCCGGGUCCUUCCAGCCGCCAUGUUUGCCAGUAACCAACCCUUACAAGCCCUUCUUCGGGCCACAGCUUCAGAUGAAGAGACGGUGGUGAAUUUACGCCGGUUCUGUAUCUAUUGUGGUAUCCAGUCGGGUUGUCAUAAACCAGGCGAUGAGCUUAACACGCGAACAGGCGGUCGAUAUUGGAUAUGUGAUUGCUUGUACAUCCUCAACGACGUGACUCCCGGAUGCAAGGACUGUAGGGCUAGGUGUCCUCUCGUGCCGCGAGGACGAGUCAAAUUGGCGGCAUCGUCCAGAUCAAGAGGAGGGGCAUAGAUCUCAGGGAAUCAUUGGCAUAUUGAUUUUCCCUCAUUUAUUUUGGAUAAACAUCACCAGGUGUUGGAGGAUUCUAAGUUAGGAAAAGGAAGCGGGUAUAUACGGUUAAUAUGUAUGCAAGUUAGUGUAUUUGAUGUGGGUCUCGACACUGGGCGGCAACAAGCGUGUCUUAUUAUACUGGGAGGAAAUCUGGCUACUUAUGCAUUCUAUAGGAGGGUCACUUUGUUUAACGCAAAUAUCAGACAAUGAAAAGCGUUCGAAGCAAAAACCACGUCAACUUGUUACGUGACCGAAAGAUUGGGUAAUUCAUGCUGAAUCUGCAUAAUAUUGUAGCGGGCAAGCCACCCACGCGAAGGUAUCCAGGAAUGUCGAAAACUUACCCAAGUGCUUAUUGGCAUAGUGUAAAUGUCACGCAGACGCUAAUUACGGACCCACUAGUCCUCAAUCGUCAUGUCCAGUAUGUCGAAGGGGAAAUCUUGUAGAGCCACAAUGCCAAUAAACUCAUGGCUUGACCUUCCGGAUUACGCCUGAGUCACUGACGUACGGUAUCUUCUGCUUCGCCUAUGGGCCCUGACUUGAGCUUCUUCGUGCUAAAAACGUGAAAAGGCACUCAUGACUCUCGAUUAGAUCGAGCUCUGUUAUGUGAUAGUAGUGAAAGAUUCUGGGAUGUUCCAUGUUGUCGUCUAUCGCCUACAGGGCCCCUGUCUAUACCACGACGGUGGCGCAGGCGGCGAUGUUGCUAAGAAACUCAACGUCUUUCCUUCGCAUGCCAUGAACUGAAAUUCCUUGAGCAAGACGACGACGACGGGCUUUGCCACUGCGCUUGCGAGAUUCCACCUAAUUCAUCAAAAACAAAAGAUGAAGUUUAUGGGAUUUAAUUUAUGGUUCUUAGAUGAACUGUAGUAGUCAUUGAAAUUCGGUGGCUCUGUUAUAGGCGUCGUGGGAGAUCGAUAUAAAAAGCGCCAUGCGCGUUGAACGAGCACACCUUGAUCCACGUCAUUAAACGGAGAUCUUGCUUGCCGGCCGAAGCAGACGCCGAAUGUGGCGGUGUAGGUACUAAGCUUUUCGGGCCCCCGGGAGACGGACUUAAAGCGGUGUUUGUGCUAUGCUUAUCUGAUGCGUCAUCGUUCGCGAAGCCGAACUCUCGGCGUCAAAAAAUGUAGAAGACCAAGAAGCUAGGUAGUUGUGAAGUAAUGCGCAUCGGUGGUGACGUAUAUGUCAUGACCCCUGAAUUAUGGACAACGUUCAUCGCUUAAGUGGUAUUCAUAAAUGCGUAGAAUUUGUUCCGAAAAGAGACGGGAUGCUAUCGUCGCCGAUGGUGGGGCCGGCAGACAAGUAGACCGACUACCGCUUGUUUACUCGGUGAACUUUGAUAGAGCGUGAAGAAUCGUAUACCUAAAGACCUGGUGGCCCUGUCUCUGACGGUGAAGUCCGUGACGUUGCCUUGCGUUGUAUUGUGAUCAAUCCAUUUUCUUCCCCGGCCAUCAGCCCCUUUUAGGAAUUGAAAUUGACAUUUUGAUUCCCAGAAGAGGAAACACUCGGUUAUGCGGGGGACUUUACCGACGUAUUGCGGCUAUCACUCUUUGAGAAGGACGGGAUGCGCGGACCUAGUUUGGAUGUGUAAGCAGACGGCACAAUUUGCAUCCCCCUAUGCGGUAGACCAGGCAUACGCGGCAAAGGCAAACAGGGGACGGAGAAUCCUCAAGCAAGUCUGCGGCGUAGAAUAGCCGCGAAUGACAACAUGUGAAAGAAAAAAAAGGCCCUUAGCAAUAUCCAAUAGGUUUGAUGUGUAAUAUCAAGGUCCUAUUGCAGUGUAGUAUUCCAUUAUGGGAGCGAAAUUGGAUAUCGCGGUAACAGGUCACAACAUUGUGUUGGUAGAAGUUUAGA